AUUAACUUCUAGAAGAGAGAAAGCAAUGAAUGUCUAAGAAAUGUACGGCAACUAUGCUCCUAGCGGGGAUCCCGACAAUAACACGGCCUCGGGGUCCUUGAAUAUCAACCAGCUAAUAGAGCUUUCGAAAGGGUUCGAGAAACGAAUGAACAAGAAGCAAAACUCGCAUAGCGGCCCAGUUAGAUAUAUUUCAGCUUCAGGAACUAAGCCUAAGGUUGAUGGACCAGUUAGAUUCAGGAAUUCAGAAACAAUUAGGGAGAAGUACAACAUGAACAUGAAGGAACUGGAUGAGGAUCUGAACAACAGUUUUAUUGAGGAUCCGAACCAGAAGAUGAUGAUGACUCCUUCUCACAAGAAAUCUCCAGAUUCCGGUUCAUUUACAGAGGAGAUGAGCCUCGUAGGAUAUAAAUUUGGAGGAAACCAAGGACUUCGGAUAGAUAACAGUGAGCAAGAGCAAGACUCGAGUCUUAUCCGUGCAUUCCAACCUCUCCAGUUGAACGAUCCUCUCUCCAACUCUGCGAUGAACCCGGAGCUAAACCUGAAAUAUAUUCCGAACUCAAGAUCUCCAUCCAAGAAUUAUCUAUCUCCGGACUCUGGCUCAUUUACCCUUAGUGUUAGCUCUAAAGAGGAUGAUGUUGAUGUAAAAACGUCAGCUGACCUGACCUCUUCUACUCAUCAGAUCAAAGUAAACCUUAACUCUGCGUUAAAGUCUCUGGGUGAGAAACCAAGGUUUGCUCCGGUUAGAACUGGAGUUAAAAAGAAUUUAUCCUACAUGAAACCAGUUCGUAUGAACACCACGACGGAGGUUAGAAACAAAGAGAAUAUUGAAGAUCCGUCCAGAGAUAAACCAUCCAUCAGGGAGAGGAUGGAGGCCUUGGCCCAACCCUCUGAUGUUGCCGAGUUCACUCAUCCAUCAACUUCGUCUCGUCUUCACAUCAUCAGCUCCUCACAACAUCUUAAUCUCAAGUCUCAAACAUCCUCCCGUCUAAUGAGUGCUCCCGCUCUCACGGGUACCACAGCUGUCCACGUACAGGAAGCUUCUAACGACCAAACUGAUGAUCGUUCGUCCGUCUACAGGAGUUUCGUCCAGGAUAUUCUUUCUCGAACUAGCGAGGGUAGAGCUGAGGACAAGCUAGGUGAGGACGUGUCUACUCCGUACCGUGAUCAUGACAGACCAGAGAGAGGGUUGGAGAGUGUGGAUCGGAAACUCUCCGGAAUAAAUUUGGCGGAUAGAACCCCGUCCCAGCUCCGACCUCAUAUUGACAAACAUUCCGAGUACCCUGAAGGAGGUCAACGAUUCACCGAGAGAGGUUCAAAUAUUGGUAACUCGGAGAGAACUGCUAAGGAAAGUCUGUAUCCCGAAAUACCCGUUCAAAUUCAGGCCAGAGAAGAAAGACACAUUCCUCAUUCGUCGGUAUCAAUACCUCAGAGUACUCCUGCCCAAAUCCACCAGAGGACUCCAUUCUCAGAAGUGACUCCCAGAGGUUCAGAUACUCCUCGUUACACUCUUCAUCCUCGAUGCCUCGAACCUGGAGCAAGGUUGCCGGAGACACUAGCUCCGAGGGUGCAAGAGACUUUAGCUCCGGCUCCUACUCCAAGUAGAAACCUCUCCCUUCCUCCCAGAGAUCCUGAUAGGACUAUGCCUCCACCCAGUAUGUCUAUAUCGAAAUCACACAAGGAAUCUUAUCUUGUUAUCAACGACAGAAGAUAUAAGAUCAUGAAGCUGCUGGGGAAGGGUGGGAGUAGCAGGGUCUAUGAAGCAUUCGACGAGCAGAAGAAUAUCGUUGUAGCGAUUAAACGGGUGGAUCUCAGUAAUGCGGAUGAGGCCCAGGCAGAAGGAUAUAUAAAUGAGAUCAAUAUGUUGAGUAAACUGCAGGGUGAGGAUAGGAUUGUCCGUCUCUAUGAUUUUGAGAAGAACGAUGCCGAGGAUAUCCUCUAUGUUGUGAUGGAGAAGGGAGAUACCGACCUCGCUACUCUACUCAAGAACUACGCGACCCAUAAGGAGAUUACUCCAGCAAUGAUAAAACACUACUGGACGGAGAUGCUUCACGCUGUUAGUGUUAUUCACAAGUCUGGUAUAAUUCACUCUGAUCUAAAACCCGCCAACUUCCUGCUGGUAGCUGGCAGGCUCAAGCUCAUCGACUUCGGUAUAGCCAGCUCGGUACAGUCCGACCGGACUAGUGUUAUGAAGGAUACUCAGAUGGGAACAUUCAACUUUAUGUCUCCAGAAGCAAUUCAAGAUCUGUCAGGUCCCCAGUAUGAUGGAUCUGGAGCAAGGAAACCAAUAAUCAAGAUUAGUUAUAAAUCUGAUGUUUGGAGCCUAGGAUGUAUCCUGUACAAUCUCGCUUACGGCAAAAUGCCGUUCGGGGACCUUAAAAUUCCAAUAAUGAAACUACAGGCAAUCUUGAACCCUGAGCAUAAGAUCCCUUUUCCAUCCGCUAACGUGGAUCCCCUUCUACUUGAUGUGAUUAAAUCCUGUCUAACAAGGGAUCUCAAGAUCAGACCUAGCAUUGAGGACCUACUCCGUCAUAGCUACGUCACAGGUAUUACCCCUGUAGUAGAGAAUAAGGAUCCCGUGAACACGGUUAAAAUGCUUGCAGCUCUACAGGGUGUUCUCUCUCCUAACACUUUUGAGAAGACAAAGAGGGCCAUGCAGGACCCACAUCUUGUCAAGAAGCUGAAUAUGUAGGGUCUAGGGCCCAUAUUCUCUUGGUGUGGAGAUUCCAGAGCCCACAUUUCUAAGAGAAGAAUAUUGAAUUUACAAAGAUUCCAGAAUCAUUAUUUUGAAAUAAUACAUUGGCUUUCUAAACUGAUUCUCUAAAUCUUUGAAUGUUAAGAAUUAGAUUGGUUUACCUUUUAGAAUUUUUUUACCGAAAAUGUUUGAAUGUACAGUUGCUCUAAUUUUUCAAAGCUGUCAACUUAAAAGAAACCAAUUUAUAGAAAUAUAAAGACAAGAUGCAUUUACAAUUCUUUCAAUUUAACAAUAAACAUUUCAGUAUUCUUUCUUAUCUUAUUCAUUUUAUCCAAGAUAUUGAAUAUUUUUAUAGCAUUUUAUAUUUAUAGUUUGUCAUGUUUUCUGUUCAUUGUAUAACUUUAGUUUUGGAUGGACAUAUAUUUUAAUGAUGCUUGACGAAUCAAAUACCAUUCUAUUAUCUUUAAAUUGAUGGACCAACCUUACAACGAAGUCAAUCAUUGAGAUAAAGUUCUCUAGAUCUCUAGAAGUAACCUUUACGCUUAUGUAAAUAUG